AGGUGUACUUGUUUUAACUACGAGUCAGUGAACAUGUACAAUAGCUCUCCCAGAAGCUGGUGACUCCGGCGCCUGCGAUGUCAACUGACACCUAAGGGCGGUGAACGAUCCUUUAUGCCGGCUAGACCUAUAUAAAGCUCCCAAAUCUUUCCAACGACAUCAUUCGCUCUGGUGUCAUCCCGGAGCACAGUGAGGUCCUGCAUCGGGACUUGGAACACUUGGAUACACGUACAGCUUCUACGCAAGGAUGUCUAUGGUUAGACGAUCUAGUAUGGACAGGAUGUCCUCCAGCAUGACGUCCAGCAUGACUGGUAUGGGUUUGGGUGGAAUAACUGGCCUGACGUCGGGUAUGAGCACGCUGAGCUGCAUGAGGGAGCAGCAGAUGACGAUCGGUGGAAUGCCUUCGAACUAUGUUCCUGGGCUGUCUGCCUACUACAAUAUCUCCAGCUUCUGCCAGCGCCCUGGGCAAACUCGUCGUUGGCCGAUGCAGCGUGCUGGACCUACAGCGCAGCAUCGUCCAGGCCGUUCUCACAGCACGGGCUCGCUUCAUCGCAUGAAAUACUCGAUGAGGAACAGCCCUAACACGCAAUACACUCACAACUUGAUUUGCAAGAUGGCAGAUCAAAAUGAGCGCCGUCGCCGCCAGGACACCAUGGAGAUGAUACCUCAAAGUUAUUAUUCGCAGCAGCCGCUGAAGGUGGAGCUCACCGAGUUCUACUCACGAGACAAUUCCAAAGACCACCACACUGAACAAUAUGAUUUGGUAAACGAUAACAUCCUACCGAACCCAGUGCUCAGGAGGGGGCAGAACUUCUUCUUUGCUGUGCGUUUCGACAGGACUUACGACAAACAGCAGGAUAUGAUUCGAAUUGUAUUCUGCUUUGGCCCUAAGCCCAGCGUUACAAAAGGAACACGCGUUGUUCUGCCUGUGAACUGGAGCAACCAGCAAGGCGUCUUCCAACAUUCUCGUGACAUGAUGGGAAUGGGCAUGGGAAUGGGAAUGGGCAUGUCUCGCAUGCAGGACACUAGUACCAGUAUGGCGCCUAUGGGGUCUAUGAGCACUAUGGGCACUAUGGGAACUAUGGGCACUAUGGGUACCAUGGGAACAAUGGGUACUAUGGGAACCAUGGGUACAAUGGGCUCGAUGGGACCGAUGAGUGGUAUGAGGGAGACUACCACUUAUGGAGUUCGCCGCAGUUCGUUCAGCAACGAGCCGUUGCCUUUGCAGCAUAGCCCUCUAAGUCCUCAUGGACCUAUGGAUCGUCCGAUGAUGGAUCGUUAUGCUGGCACAGGGCAACAUUCGACAUUUGGUCGUGGAUAUGGUUCACGCCACGGCUCCAUGCAGAACUUGGCGUCCAUUGCUCAUGACAUGGACAGAUGGGACAUUAGCAUUCAGCGCCAAGAUGGUAACACAAUUACAUUCCAAGUACAUGUACCGGCCACGGCUCCUGUUGGCGUCUGGAACUGUUGGGUACAAACCAAUCGCUUUGGCCAGCGCGACAACCGCCACGACUACAAAUGCGACGAAGAUAUUUACAUGCUAUUCAAUCCGUGGUGUCGCGAGGAUCCCGUCUUCAUGGAUAAUGAAUCAUCUAGGAAGGAAUACGUGCUCAACGAACAAGGGAAGAUCUGGUGUGGCACUUGGCGUCAGCCAAAGGGUCGCAAAUGGAUUUACGGGCAAUUUGAUGACGUUGUGUUGCCGGCUUGCAUGUACUUGUUGGAGCGCAGUGGCCUCGAGCAUUCAGAACGCGGUAACCCGAUACGUGUUUGCAGGGCUAUUUCGUCAAUGAUCAACGCUAAUCACGAUGAUGACGGACUGAUGGUUGGCCGUUACGACGGCGAGUACAAAGAUGGCGUCGCUCCGCACGCCUGGACUGGCUCCGUGGCUAUCAUGGAACGGUACCUCACCGACGGAGGAAGGCCGGUCGAAUACGGCCAAUGCUGGGUAUACUCUGGACUUGUUGUCACGAUUUGCCGUGCACUUGGUAUUCCUUGCCGUUCAGUCACGAACUACGUGUCAGCCCAUGACACCAACAGAACAUUCACCGUGGAUAAAUAUUUCGAUCGCGAUGGCAACGAGGUACCAAAUGGACCUGAUGAAGAUUGUUAUGAUUCUUGCUGGAACUUCCAUGUAUGGAAUGACGUAUGGAUGCAGCGACCUGAUUUGCCUCAAGGCUAUAGCGGCUGGCAGAUCAUCGAUUCCACACCGCAGGAGGAAGCUGAGGCUGUUUACCACUGUGGCCCAGCUAGCGUUGAGGCGGUUCGCCGAGGCGAAGUUGGCUUCCAAUACGAUACACCUUUCAUGUUCUGUCAGCUCAAUGCAGAACUCUGCCACUUCCAGGAAGAGGAAAAUUCUGAAUGGGGUUUCAUUAGGAUGGCUUCGAACCAGUAUCAAGUUGGCCGCAAGAUUCUUACUAAGAACCCUAACCGUGACGACGAUGAAGGCGACAGCGACAUGUUGGAGAUCACGCACGAGUACAAGACGGUUGACAGCUCGUCUCCCGAACGUCUGGCUGUUAUUGCCUCAUGUCGUGGUUACCAGCGCCUGCAGCAAUACUACGAAUAUCCUGAUCGUAAUUUCGAAGACGUUUACUUCGACCUUAUGGACAUUGAUCUUGUGCCUUAUGGACAGCCGUUUGAUUGCACUAUGAACAUUCAGAACAAGUCGCACGAAGACCGCACCAUCUGGUGUGUUCUGACGGCCUCAUCAUGCUACUACACUGGCGCCAUUGCUUCACGACUACGCCGAGCUCAGGGAGAGUUCAUCGUGCGCGCUGGACAGCGUGAAGUGCUGAAGUUGCAUGUGACGCCUCAGGAAUACAUGGACAAGCUAGUGGACCACUCCAUGGUGAAGGUGCACGCCAUGGCAUACGUCAAGCAAACACGCCAAGCCUGGUCGGACGAAGAUGACUUCCCGCUACACAAGCCAAGGAUGCAAGUCCAGGUGAGGAGCCAGCCAUGCAUAGGACAAGAAUGCGCCGUGACAUUCAGCUUCCAGAACCCACUGAAUGUUCACCUGACCGAUUGCUACUUCACCUUCGAGGGACCUGGUGUUCAGAGGCCAAGACAGAUCCGAUUCCGCGACGUGAAGCCGGGUGAGUUCGUGAACUACCAGGACAAGUUCGUGCCGCGGCGACAUGGCGAGCGCCGCAUCGUGGUGACGUUCUCGUCGCGCCAGUUGGACGAGAUCUUCGGCUGCACCACGGUGAACGUGCGCGGCUAGCUAGCCCCCGGGCCCCGCGCACCCUCGCCGCGCACCUCGCCGGGGCCUGCCUCUCCUCCCGCGCUGCAGAUGGACCGAUCCUACGUUUCCUACGUAGCGCCAGAACAGCAUUUGUAUGUUCAAGAAGAAGAGGUCGUCAUCAUAAAGACCACCUCUUAAGCGUCCAUUCAUUGCCAUGCUUACAUGGCAUUUAUAGUUAUUUCUUAUUUAUGACAAAACUAUUUUUGUGAGUUUUUUUAUUGAAUGUACGAAUGUUGCAACUAGAACACUUUUUACACUAACGAUCAACUCGAUUAUAACGAUGACCUGGCAAGUUUUAAAGGAUUUUAUUAAUUUAAGUAUCAUGUACUGAUGUAUAACGUUUGUAUCACCAGCACAUUCAAAUAAAAAAUACAAAAAAAAAUAUCAAUUUUACAAUCAUUCACGUUUUUCACUGUGUGAUAUUAAAUAUUAUUUGAAUAAUGUAUUUUGUAAUUUUAAGGAAACCGAUGCUUCAUGUGCCAUUGUUCGAAUAUGUUUGAAUGCUCUGUACGAAGAGUGUAGUAGGUAUUAAGAAAUCAUACGACAUUAAGUUUAACUUUUAUAUAUUUGCCUAUUGCAUAUUUUUAAGUUUUUGUAACUAUUGUAAUCAUUAUAUAACAAAAACUUUACGAAAUACUUACACUUAAUUAUAAUAAUUUGCACUGUGUUUGUGUGUUUUUGGGAUCUCAAAAAUAAAGAGCAUUCACUGCA